AUGGUUUCCUAUGUUCCACCACAUCAGAGAGGAUACCAGAACAACAACCAGAACACUCAGUCACAGCAGCAUGGCAAUCAACGGCCACAUGAGAACAUUCACCAAGGACAAGGGUCUAUGUCAAAUCAACCAUUGGGAGUAAAUUCGAGCCAGCCUAAUUUCAAAUUGCCUUGGCACAUUGAUGAUGUAUUAGGAGAUUUGCUGAAUUCUCAGCAACAUAUUCAAGGAAAUAUGCAAGCCAAUAAUAAUAUGAUAGCCACGACGUUGAAUGAAAUACGUGGACAUGAUGGUCGCAUUCCUGCUACUGUCAAGAUGCUGGACAGAGCUAACAUUAGCAAAAUCACUCUGAGGUCGGAACUAGAGGAGUUGGUUGAGGCAGUUAAGAAACAUGAGAGGGAUGACCCGGAUGAAGGAACAAGCAAUGCAGUCAAGCGCUUGAAACCUUACCUAUACAAGGGAGAGCCCAAAAGGCAAAAGGAGGACCCUACUGAUUUCAUGGAGAUUUUUGGCAAGCUUGAAAUCAACCUGCCAUUUCUGCAAGCACUGAAACUACCCCCAUUCAGCAGGUUUAUCAAGGACUUCAUAGCUGAAAAAGCUAAGGCCGAUGGGAAGAUUGUGAUUGGAGAAAGUGUGUCUGCUGUGAUCCAGAAGAAAAGACUUCCUUCCAAGAGGACUAAUCCCGGGAUGUUUACUCUACCCAUCAUUAUUGGAGAUGUUAAAAUUGAGCAUGCUAUUUGUGAUCUGGGGGCUUCUAUCAAUGUGCUACCUUUCUCAGUUUACAAGAGAUUGACUGGAGUCAGCUUAGUGGAUACAAAGGAGCAGCUUGCAGCUGCUGAACUGAAUGACUCGAUUGAAGAAGAGGUUUCCGGAUGGUGUGAAACACUUUUGACAUAG